ACCCUUUCCCAACCAAACUCAUUUGUUUCUUUCUUCUCAUUUCUGUUGGUCCAACCCUUAUUUUCAGUUUCAUAAUAAUUAUUAUACAGCUACCCAAACCAAACCAUGAUGAAGCUUGAACAUUCCUUGUUUCUUGGGACUUUGGCUCUGCUCUUAGCCACCUCUUUCUCAUCAGAUCCUGACUAUCUUCAAGACCUCUGUGUUGCUGACCUUGCCUCAGGUGUGACAGUGAACGGAUUCACUUGCAAAGAGGCAUCCAAGGUAAAUGCUUUUGAUUUCUCCUCCAUCAUACUAGCCAAACCAGGAAGCACCAACAACACAUUUGGCUCAGUGGUGACUGGAGCCAACGUUCAGAAAGUUCCAGGACUCAACACUCUUGGUGUGUCUCUGUCAAGGAUUGAUUAUGCCCCAGGUGGCCUCAACCCACCUCACACUCACCCACGCGCCACCGAGGUGGUGUUUGUGCUUGAAGGCCAACUAGAUGUUGGGUUCAUAACCACAGCCAAUGUGCUCAUAUCAAAGACUAUUAGCAAGGGUGAGAUAUUUGUGUUCCCAAAAGGCUUAGUUCACUUCCAAAAGAACAAUGCCAAUGUACCUGCUUCUGUUCUUUCUGCAUUCAACAGCCAACUUCCUGGUACACAGUCCAUUGCUACUACCUUGUUUGCAGCCACACCUUCUGUUCCAGACAAUGUGUUGACCAAGACAUUCCAGGUGGGUACCAAAGAGGUUGAGAAAAUCAAGUCUAGGCUUGCACCCAAAAAGUAAAAUUAUCAUGGUGUGGCUGUUUUGUCACUUUUAAUCUUUGUCCCUUUGCAAAAAAUGUUGGAACACUCAUAAAGGAAAAAGUUAGAGCAAGUGGAGCAUAUUCAUUUGUGUAAUAAUUGAAAUUUGAAAGAUUGUUGUAUAAUCAAAUCAGCCAUCAUGACAAUUCUCUUGCCUUAUAUUUAUUCACUGCGACAGAAUAGUAUAACAA